UGCUCACACAUCACGGUUUCGAGAUAACGUUUUGAUAGCGGACGGAAACACCUCCGUGCUCUCCGGGGAAGUUGGUCUCCUCUUUACCACCAGAGAACAAAAUGGGAUACAACCACCUGUUCUCUUUAUGGACGGCUGUUGUGUGGCCGUUCCUCCUCUCUGGGUCAGUUCUCUGUCACGAGAAGACGCACUCCCACGCUGAGGAUGAGCUCUUCAAGACGCUGUUUGCUGGUUACAACAAGUGGUCGAGACCAGUGCCAAACAUUUCUGAUGUAGUCAUCGUCAAGUUUGGACUGUCCAUAGCACAGCUCAUUGACGUGGAUGAGAAGAACCAGAUGAUGACAACCAAUGUGUGGCUUAAACAGGAGUGGAACGACUACAAGCUUCGCUGGAGACCGUCUGACUAUGACAAUGUGACGUCCAUAAGAGUGCCAUCAGAGCUCAUAUGGGUACCAGACAUCGUCCUCUAUAACAAUGCUGACGGUGAGUUUGCUGUGACUCACAUGACAAAAGCUCACCUAUUCCACACGGGUAAAGUUCGCUGGGUCCCGCCUGCUAUUUACAAGAGCUCCUGCAGCAUCGAUGUCACCUUCUUCCCCUUUGAUCAGCAGAACUGUAAAAUGAAGUUUGGUUCUUGGACCUAUGACAAGGCCAAGAUUGACUUGGAGCGAAUUGAAAACACUGUGGACCUCAACAACUACUGGGAGAGCGGUGAAUGGGCCAUCAUCAAUGCUGUGGGAACGUACAAUACAAAGAAAUACGACUGCUGCCAUGAGAUCUACCCAGACAUCACCUACUUCUUCAUCAUCCGAAGGCUUCCCUUGUUUUACACCAUCAACCUUAUCAUCCCAUGUUUGCUGAUCUCUUGCCUCACUGUCUUGGUUUUCUAUCUGCCCUCAGACUGUGGAGAGAAGAUCACCCUUUGCAUCUCUGUGCUGCUGUCCCUCACUGUCUUCCUUCUCCUCAUCACAGAGAUCAUACCGUCCACAUCUCUCGUCAUCCCUCUCAUCGGCGAGUACCUCCUAUUCACCAUGAUUUUCGUCACCCUGUCCAUCGUCAUCACUGUCUUUGUGCUCAAUGUGCACCAUCGCUCUCCCAGCACUCACAAGAUGCCCCGCUGGGUCCACUCAGUGUUCCUGGACCUGAUCCCACGCUGGCUGUUCAUGCGACGGCCUGCGCCAGAUGGCCGGCGUCGCAGGCUGUUGCUGCUCCAGCAGGAAGCAGCGGCAGAGCGACGGCAGGGCCGAAUAGCUGGGAACAAAUCUGGCAACUGCCUCAGCACCUCAGCUAACUGUGUUAUACGUGCAUUAGAAGGGGUGCACUACAUUGCAGACCACCUGAGGGCUGAGGACGCUGACUUCAGUGUGAAAGAGGAUUGGAAGUAUGUCGCCAUGGUGAUUGAUCGCAUCUUCCUGUGGAUGUUCAUUAUUGUGUGCCUGCUUGGGACUAUUGGCCUUUUCCUGCCCCCUUGGCUAGCUGGCAUGAUCUAGCGCUUGAGAGAAAGUGUUGAAUAUUUAAAAAAAGAAGAAAAAAAAAAUCCACCACCACCUUCACUUGAGUGAUGUUUGACAUGUAAAAUGUAGCUGAACUCUACUUUAACACGGGGAAUGUGACUGAAGUUUGUGUAACACUGAGCAGCCCAGUUUGCAGCCUCACGAGGCAACACUCUUUACAUACCAACAAACCAAAACUAUGAAAAACUAAAAAGAAGGACUGUGCUGUGUUUAGAUCCCUCUGAAUAGUGGGGCACAAACUGAAUGGUCGCUACAGUGGCAAGUUUAGGAUAUCUCAGACUCAGAUUGUCAGACUCGGCUGUCCAGACUUGGCUCAACUUUAAUAGGUCUAAGUUGCACUUUGUCGUCAGCCUCAGGUGUAUCCCUCAACCUCACCUGUGAAGUUAGGCUGUGUUUGACCUGAAUGCUAACAUUAGCAUGCCUGUUAGUGGCAAGCUAAUGUUUAGCACAGAACAUUUAGCAUGUUAACAUGCUAAUGUUAACGUGUAAACAUGCCAAUAUUUAGUAUAUAUUUAGCAUUAGCGUAACAUGCUAGUUAAAUGGCGUAGUGCCAGCAUCAUUUGGGUACUUUGUUACACAAAUGUGAUUACUUUUUUCGGUAGUUUUAGGAAUUACAAUUUAAAAGUCACUGACAUAAUUGCAUUACAUUUACUACUACCGUUGGCACCUGUAACGGCCGUAAGUAAACUUGGUGUCUUACCGGAGGUCAGAGGCUCGACAUCAGGUUUUCGUCUCCUUGUAGCUUGUUGCUGUUUCCUUUAGACAGAGCAAACCGCUAUCAUCCACCGAAAGAGAAGAAAUACGACUUCUGGUAACUCCAAAUUUGUGUUGUUGUUUUUUUCUUAGCCGCAUAGCUAGCCCCUCGUAUAAGCAGGAAUGUCCCGGGUUUUGUUUAGAGCUGGAAUAUGUGUGAAUGAAGGUCUUUGAGCACCAGUUAGCUGUCAAUGGACAGAAGAUAAAUACAUACAGUGCCUCGGCUAGCUGCUCUACGAAGUGUGUGAGAGUGUCUGCUUUAGAGUUAAGGCACUAGUUGGGCUGGGUAACGUUAAUAAAUGUAACUAAAUACUGCUGCUGUUUAGUUACAAGUAAAGCAAUAUGGUUGCAUUUUGAACGACCACUAAGAAACUGAUUAAUUUAAUUUCCCAAACUAGAAUGGCACUCAGGAGAGCAUGCCUCUGUCAAGUCCAAACAAUCUUACACGUCUGAAAUCCAGAUAAUAAUCUUGGUCUGGAAAAGUAAUUUAGUAUAAUUAUGAUCCAGAUAAUUAUUUGGAUCUGCACCAAAUUGUACAGUCAUAGAUCUCAACACCAUACAUGUCUGUUUUUUUGUUUUGUUUUGUUUUUUUACAUCAAAAUCCAUAAAUUAUUUCUUGAAAAAUUGAUGAAAGUCUUGAAAAAUGCCCUGUUGCAAUGUUAAAUGAUAAAAAAAUUCCUGGAUCCACGCCUUUAACUGGAUCGAGACUAACAUUUAAUUGGUGCUUCUCUGGCCCAUGCCCCAUUCCUCUACUAAAUUUGGUGCAAAUCGGUUGAGUACUUUUUGUGAAAGCUUAUGGUCAAACAAACAAACAAACAAACAAACAACCAAGACAUGGGUGAAACCUUCUUGGCAGAGGUAAUAACUUGCACAACACUGGUCUUCAGUAGCAGGAGUCUAAAAGUACAGCCGAUGCUGACAUGAUUUCAUUCAGUACUUUUAGAGGUAUCCAGCCUUGAACUGAGAUGACAAGUGGACAUUUAGAUGUGCUGGUGGUGCUGGACCAGCAGUGACUGACUGCUACAAUGUGGGUAAAAGUAAUGUAGUAGAAUUAUGAGCAAUGAGAUGUUUGGCUUGUGCCAGAUUGGAAAAACUCUGGUGGGUCAUGAACCGCAUUCAAUACAAGAUGAGAUGGCAUUUAUCUAAAGGGUUUGUCAGCUCCCUCUGGUUUUGACAGUUUGACCAACAGUGGCAUGCUGAUCUAACAGAUCUUUACUGUACACUAACUUGGGUCAUUUGUACUGGUUUAGAAAGAAUUUGCAUUUUUAUGGACUUUUUUUCUGGCCAUGUUGCCACAAUUAAACUUAUUUUUGAAUGAUCAUACACUAUGUAAUA